AUGUCUUGCCCCCAUGCAACUGGAGCAGCAGCUUAUGUUAAAUCGCUCCACCGCACUUGGUCCCCUGCUGCCAUUAAGUCAGCUCUUAUGACAACAGCACGACCCCUGAGUGCCAAGUAUAAUCCUGAGGCUGAGCUAGCAUAUGGGACGGGACAAAUCAAUCCCAUCAAGGCUGCAGAUCCUGGACUUGUAUAUGAUGCUGGGGAGAAGGAUUAUGUCAAAUUUCUCUGCGGCCUGGGGUAUUCGACAACUCUUUUAUCACCAUGUCGAUUCCCUCGGCGUAAGCAGGAAGGUGUCGCCGCGCUGCUCGUCGCCGUCGUCAGCUGCGCUGCUCGUCGCCGUCGUCAGCAGAAGGAGCGGCCGGCGAAUACGAGAAGAAGAAAAGAGGUGGCUAGGUUUCGAACGACGAGCAGAGAAGGGCCUCUCUGCGAUUUUCGAACGAAGAAGAGAAGAGAAGGGUUGGCGGCUAGGUUUCGCUGUUUAGGACUUAAUGUAUAG